CUCCAAGUCCUAUCUCCGCAGCCUCGUUGUCCUCACGUCCCCUGUAUUUUCUUGUCCUCGACAUAUGGCCACAACGUACUUCAAUAGCCUCGAUGGUCUCUCAUCCAGUGGGCUUGAUAGCCCUUCCACUCCUGGAGCCGACGGGGUGUCGUCUCGCAGGGUGAACGCGCUCAGCACGAAACUCACAAGCGUCCUCUCUUCAUCCUUUACCGACUACGAGAUCCGCGACGCCCUCCGACUGCUGGACGAGCGUGGCGUGGAGAAUGACGAGGACACGAGGCGAAACCUCAAGCUCAAUGCGCAGAAGGAGGUGAUAGACUGCGAUGCAAGAAUAGUAGAUGACUUUGGCAAGGUUGCAGAGCAACUCAGACGCGUGGGCGCCAUGCUCACCACGCUAAAUGCAACAUGUGCCUCAAUGCGCGAGCACAUUCAGGCCGCGAGACAGGAAUCGAGCCCCGUCCUCGAAGAAGCUACAACUCUCAUGUCACGCAAGGAAGAAACCGAGACGAAGCAGGCUCUACUCGACGCCUUUACCACACACUUCAUCAUUCCGACUUCUGACCUGAACAUCCUCACUAGCUCCGCCGAGCCGCUGGACGACCGCUUCUUUAUGAUUCUAGCCAGGGUCAAGCAGAUCCACCGCGACUGCGAAAUCCUCUUGGGCUACGAGAAUCAACGACUAGGCCUGGAGUUGAUGGAGCAAACGACACGUAACCUGGACGCUGGAUUCAUGAAACUCUACAAUUGGAUCCAGCGAGAGUUCAAAGGCUUGGAUCUUGAGGAUCCGCACAUCAGUGGCGCCAUUCGCCGUGCCUUGCGAGUCCUUAGUGAACGUCCCACGUUGUUCCAGAAUUGCCUGGACUUCUUCGCAGAAGCGAGGCAGAGCACGCUGGCAGAGUCUUUCCACGCGGCGCUGACGGGCUCGGCGGGCGCGGCAAAAGCCAUCGAAUUCUCAACGCACGAACCACUGAGGUACGUCGGCGACAUCCUCGCAUGGGUGCACUCGGCGGCCGUCUCGGAGAAGGAAGCGCUCGAGGGUCUCUUUGUUUCUGACGGCGAUGAGAUCGCCAAGGGUCUAUCCGCCAGCAAGGCAAGCGAGCCGUGGGCCCGAAUCGGUGGCGGUCAACGACGAGGGAGUGCGUCGUCUACGAGUUCUUCCUCCGUCCCAGAGACCGAGCAGGAUGUCGUGUUUGACGGUCGCAAGGCUCUCGCCGACCUCGUCUCGCGCGAUCUCGCAGCCGUGUGCGAAAUCCUCCAGUCUCGAAUUGACCUCUCGGUACGCAACAGCGGCGAUCCGGUGUUGAUGUUCAAGACGGUCAAUCUGCUCGACUUUUACAGGGGCAUCUUUGGCAAACUACUCGGUUCGGACUCUUCGCUGAGCAAGCUGAUCCAGGCGUUGCAAGCGUCAUCUUUGACUCAAUUCGAGACGACUAUGGAGGAGGAAACUGCUGCCGCCGCUGUCGACAGUACGCCCUCGCCUGACCUGACUCCACCGGUCUUCCUGGCCACUGCGUUGACUCAAUUCUCGGAGGUGGCGCGAGCUCGAGGUCCUCAAAUGACCCAAGCCGAACUCGAGCGCCUAUUUGGUGCUAUGCUCACAGGGAUGCUCACGGCGUGUGAUGAAUCUGCAGGCCAGAUUCCUGACAUGCAUCGCAGUACUAUCUACAAAAUCAACUACAUGACGGCUCUGAGGUCGGCAUUGGCUGCCAUAUCUGCCCACGUGCCUGUGGUCCAGACGCCCCUAGAGAAAGCUGCAGAGGAGAUCCAGUCGCUGCGAGAUCACCUUGUUGAGAUCCUUAGCACGAUGCUGCUCGAGGAUUCUGGAGUUCGCGAUCUGAUGCAGGAGCUGGACACGCGACGAAGUCACGAUCCGCAGACAAGAAGGGGUUGGCUUACGUCUAAUCUCGACCUAGCGGCUCAGCGGCUAGAUGAAUUUCUGUCCUCUUCGGUCAUGGACGCUCAAGAGAGCUUGAAGAAUCUGCUUGACCGGACCCUAGCCCAGGACAUUGUCGCAGAAGCUGUCGAACGGUUCUGCUCCGAGUUUGACGAGUUGGAGAGCAUGUUGGACAUGGUGGAUGCUGAGUCUGGUCUGGUUGCAGGAGGAGAUGACAGUGCCACCGACCAUGUUGGCUCAUUGAGAGAAUUGUACCCUAGAACCGGGGCGGAAGUAAGAGCCUUGUUGAGUUAACGACAUCGUCCUAGCUCUAAGGGGCGAGGACACCGGUAGCCAUAUAGUCUGGAAGCUCACUUCGAAACAUAACCAUAAGAUAAGAUAAACCCGCAUAUGCAU